AUGCGAGGCACCCCAUCUUUCCUAUUGUUUCGUCCACCAGAUCGAUGGCUCGACAACGCAUCCCCGAAGGAUAUUGGCAGGCACAUCCCCGAAGGAUAUUGGCAGGCACCUAUCUGGCGUUUUUAUCAUCACUCCAAGAAGUAUUCAUGGUUUUUAAAGUGGCCUGGUGGAUCGUCUUCUGGAUACAUGCAACAAGCAGCGGCAGCUCCGACGGCCGAUGCAUUUGGUCAAUGCAUUCACCUGAACAUAUUGGGGAUGACACUCCUUUUCUGUCGUCUUGCAGUUCUUUUGGCUUUUCUGCUGACCACAAUGGGGGCACCAAGUGCACUCGGAAACUCAACUUCGGGCCCUGUUGAUCUCCUUUUGAAUGUUCCGGAAAAUUCCGCAGGAACUCUGGAAAACACGCAUGACGCCGCCUUUUCGUCAGCAAUCGAACAGGUUUAUAAUAUGUCGAUUUCAAAUAUGCUCAUGAUCCUGGCUUGCAUCAUCCUCCUCGACAUUUUGCUCAUUCUUCUCGCAGUUAUUCCCCUCCUCUGCUAUUUUGGAUUACAGUACAAAUGUGAAGGACACGGUGAGAGAAAAGUUACAUUGAGAAGAAAAAUGGAGACUCAUCAGUUGCCAUUGACUGCUUAA